AUGUUCUACAAUGACCCGAACGUACUAUACAUCUCGAUCCAUGUCUACCGGGAUGGCAGCUUCUAUCCCGGCGGUGACGAAGGCAACUGGGACUACUGCGGUGAAGGUCUCGGUCUAGGGAAGAACGUCAACAUUCCCUGGCCGACACAAGGCAUGGGAGACGGCGACUACCUCUAUGCCUUCCAGGAAGUUGUUAUGCCAAUCGGCUACGAGUUUGAUCCUGACCUCGUCAUCAUAUCCGCCGGCUUCGAUGCGGCGGCGGGCGACGAGCUGGGAGGCUGUUUCGUGACACCCCCUUGCUACUCACACAUGACGCGCAUGCUGAUGAACCUUGCCAACGGAAAGGUAGCGGUGUGUCUUGAGGGAGGGUAUAACUUCCGCUCGAUCUCCAAGUCAGCGCUAGCGGUUACGCGGACAUUGAUGGGCGAGCCGCCCGAUCGGCUGAUUGCGCCGUCAGCGUCGCGGCCGGCCGUUGAGACGGCCCGUCGUCGAACUUUGCCGGCAACCGUGUACAUGGUAUGUAUGGUGAUAACAGGAGAAGAGGGAGGAAUGCUAAUUGGUGUUGGGGUGGGAACAGAUAUCAUCCGGCAGUACCAGGCGAAGCAGCUGUAUGAGGAGCACAAGCUGACGAGCCUGUACAUCUACCGGGACACGAUCUCGAAGUCGUUUGAGAACCAGGUGCUGGCGAGCCAGAACUACGACAAGGUGGACACUCUGCUUGUUAUCUUCCACGACCCGCCCGAGCUGAUGGGCAUCCCGCACCCGGUGACCAACGUGCUUGAAGCCCACAACACCUGGCUGCAAGUCCAAAAAGAGGAGUGGCUAACAGAGGGAACAAACAAGGCUGAUAAUGUCAAGGAUUACAUCUCCUGGGCGGUCGAGCAUAACGUGGGCGUUAUCGACGUCAACAUCCCGAAGCACAUCUCAGAAGCCGACCAAAACUCACGGAGCUACGAGCGGGAGAGCCCGAACCGGGCCCUCUUCUCCGAGCAGCUUGCCGAGUACCUGUGGGAGAACUACAUCGAGUGCGUCUAUCCCACUGAUCUGUCAUUACUUGCAGCAGUAGUAGGCUGUUUGUUACUAACGACCAGAAGGACCAACGACACCAGCCGCAUCUUCUUCAUGGGGGUGGGCGAUGCCUUUCUCGGACUGGCCAACCUUCUCAUCAACAAGGAGCGAGUCCACACAAUGGUCAGUGGCGUGAUAUGCUUUGUGGCCGAGAACCCCGUCCGCGCCGUCGCCAGCACCACCAUCACCUGGCUCUCCAAGUGGUACAAAGAGUACAGAAGAAGUAACAAGAUGAAGAACUCCCUGGUCUUUGUGUCCCACCGGCACAUGGUGUGGGAGGGCCAGGAGAACAAGCAGAAGCAAUACAAGCGCUACGGGCGGCUGGUGAAGUCGACGGCGGCGCACACGCUGAACGAGAUGCUGGUCAACCACCGCGCGGAUGUGUUCAAGUGGAUUGAGGAGCGAGUCGAGGCCGGGUCAGAGAGCAGUUCAUAG